UAGGAAUAACAAUGUCUCUUAAUUAGCAUGCCACAUAGCACUGAUCAUAGUAACAAGAGCCAACUUUUUCUAGAGAUUUUCAUGUUGGCCUUGAUGGAGUUAACUUCGAAUGAUGGCAAUGUUGGAUUCUCAUUGAACCAAGUAACAAGCGAUGAAGCAGAGGCAGGAAGGUAUUAUGAAGAUUAUGGUCGACAAGAAGGUUUUUGGACUCGUAUUCAAAGUUCAUCAAAGUCUAGAUCACAGUCAAAUGAAGUGACGAGUAGAUUAUUUGUUUGUGCACAUCAAGGUAAACAUGUCAUGCAGACUCAAAAAGAGGAUGAUAUGAUAGAGGAAGAAGAGAAAGAUGAGGAAGAAAUAUGUGACCAACAGACUGGAAAGAAGAGGCGGAGAAGUUGUUCAAUAGUUAAAUGUGGGUGUGAGGCUAGUAUGCGAGUUCUCCAUGACAAAUGGACUGACAAAUGGAAAGUAUCAGUUUUCAGUGACAUUCACAAUCAUAAAAUUGUGACACCAGCUCGUAGGAUGAUGAUGAAGUCGAAUAGACAUAUGCUCAAUGCAGCAAAAGAUUUAACAUAA